ACUGUUUUCAAUAGAAAUCUUCAUCUUUUUCUUCAACUUUCUCUCUAUAAAUACCUGCGAAUAUCUCGCUCAUUUUCCACAGUUUCUUAUCCCAAACCAAAAAUGCCUGAGAUAGACAAUUCUUUUGCUGUUAAAGAACCCCGCUCGGUGGUCAGAAAGUUCUUGGCCAGGCCCCAACAUGAAGGCCUCGGUGCCAUUGUGAGAAGAAGCAUCGGAAGGUUUGAGUUGCGUUACUUUGAUCCUUUUCUUGUUUUGGAUGAAUUCUCAGUCACUGCUCCUGCUGGAUUUCCAGAUCAUCCACAUAGAGGAUUUGAAACAGUGACAUACAUGUUACAGGGAGCUGUUACUCAUGAAGAUUUUGAAGGCCACAAAGGGACCAUAGGAGCUGGUGACCUGCAAUGGAUGACUGCAGGGAGAGGGAUUGUUCACUCGGAAAUGCCUGCAGCACAAGGCACCCAAAAGGGCUUACAAUUGUGGAUAAACCUCUCUUCAAAACAUAAAAUGAUUGAACCAAGGUACCAGGAAAUCUUGAGUAAGGACAUUGCAGAAGUUGCAAAAGAUGGCAUAAAAGUUAGGGUUAUAGCAGGAGAGGCCUUGGGGACAAAAUCACCAGUCUACACAAGAACACCAACAAUGUACUUGGAUUUCACUCUAAAACCAGGAGCUCAUCUUCAACAACCAAUACCGAAAUCCUGGAACGCGUUUGUAUACGUCUUGGAAGGCGACGGUAUCUUCUCGAGCACAAAAUCUUCACCGGUAUCAGCACAUCACUUGCUUCUGCUAGGAUCUGGGGAUGGCUUGGAGGCAUGGAACAAGUCCUCUAAGCCCCUCAGGUUUAUUCUAGUAGGAGGGGAACCAUUAGGUGAACCUUUAGUGCAAUUUGGGCCAUUUGUUAUGAACACACAAGAAGAGAUUGACCAAACCAUUGAUGAUUUUGACAACUAUGUUAAUGGAUUCGAGAAAGCUAGGCAUUGGAGAUCAGAAGCUGCAAUUAGCCUUGAUUUUUAGAUCAUGUUUUAGGGAGAACUUAUUGGUUCUUUAUCAAAGUAGGUAAUAAAAAAAUCACCAAUCUCUCUUGUAUAUUUUAGUUUAAAGAUUAGACAAAGGAAUUGACAUCUAUUUGAUGGGUUCCUUUCGCAAGCUCGCAUUAAUCUCAUUACUACUUUUUGGUAAAA